UGUUUGCUUUAAACACGCGAGAGCGUGUCGCGUGUUUGCUUUAAACACGCGAGAAGAAGACGCGUCUUUCUUUUAAUACACGCGAGAGGAAUAUGCGUGUUUCAAUUUAAAACACGCGAGAGCUUCUCGCGUCUAUACCAUGGCUGGAAAGUUUUAUUUUCAGGGUCCAAAUGGCGGAUACAUUUUGUCAUGAACUCCUUUCUUGGAAUUUUGCCCGAUUCCUCCGCCAUGAAUGGCCACGCGAAACCUCAAAACCCAGACGCCUUCCUCCUUAAUUACGACGACAACGAAGUCCGGAUCGCCUCCGAAUUCUUGUCCAAUUGGCUGCCUUUCUUAGCCCGCGGCCUCUGCAAAUCCUGCACGCACACCAUCUCCCACCGAAUCCGAUCUCUCCGUACAGAACGGGAUGCUGCUGUUUCUACACCAAGUAUUGUAGAUGCGAAUCACUGUAAGGAAGACUUGGGUGACUGCACUGCCGGUUCCACCGGGAGUGCGAAAGGCAGUGCAGAUGAUGAUGAUGAUGAUGAUGAUGAUACACAUUCAUUGGGUAUUUGGAAGGAUGAGGCUGAUCGAUUUUCGGAACAAGCUGUUGAACCAUCAUCAACGAGCGAGCCAUUAAACUCGUCAGCACGACAGCCAAGACCUAUGUUGAAAAAGUCUUGGGCGGAUAUGGCUAUGGAGUAUGAGGUUAUGGUAGGAGAAGACAAUGAUGAGAGCAAUGGGCUUGUUGAUGCGAAUGAUUCUUUUUCGGAGGUAACUUAUGUGGCUGAAGCUAAGCCAAAGGUGGCAUUGUCGAGGGAUCAGAGAGAAUGCAUUAGGUUCUAUCGCGUCGAAAGGAAAAAGGACUUUCUAUGUUUGGAAAGGAUCAACGGGAAGCUUGUCAACAUUCUGGAGGGGCUGGAGCUACACAAAGCUAUCUUCAGUGCAGCAGAACAGAAGAGGAUUGUCAGUUAUGUUGAACAGCUCGAAGAGAUGGGGAAAAAGGGGCAGUUGAAAGCGCGCACAUAUACCGCUCCUCAGAAGUGGAUGAGGGGGAAGGGGCGCAUAACUCUUCAAUUUGGUUGCUGUUACAACUAUGCCACAGAUAAAAAGGGCAAUCCGCCAGGCAUCCUCAAGGCCGAAAUUGUCGAUCCGUUGCCCCAAUUGUUCAAGGUCAUGAUCAAAAGGCUUGUGCGGUGGCAUGUUUUGCCGCCUUCUUGCGUGCCUGAUAGCUGUAUUGUGAAUAUCUACGAAGAGGGGGACUGUAUACCGCCUCAUAUUGAUAAUCAUGAGUUUGUUAGGCCAUUCUGUACAGUCUCAUUUCUUAGCGAGUGUGAUAUACUUUUUGGUUCGAACCUAAAAAUAGUUGGGCCUGGUGAAUUUGAAGGUUCUUAUGCGAUUCCCCUGCCACUUGGAUCUGUUCUUGUAUUAAAAGGAAACGGAGCUGAUGUGGCUAAGCAUUGUGUCCCAGCUGUCCCUUCCAAAAGGAUAUCGAUUACCUUUAGGAGAAUGGAUGACACUAAAAGGCCAAUGGGGUAUACUCCGGAACCAGAUUUGCAAGGGCUUCAGCCAUUGAUGGAUGAAGAGGAAAGAUCUAGCAACGAUAAUGCUUCAAGAGACGGACAUAUUUCGAAAAGGCCAGCAGAUGGAGGAGAACCUAUGGUAGUAGAUAGGGGAAGAGGAUUGGCUUCAGAAAAUCCAAAGUCCCGUCAUUCAGGCCGAACAAGACAAGGUCCUCCAUAUAGGAGAAGGCUCCAGUCUAAUCAGGAGGAAUAUUGACGAAUUAACAAUUUGUUACAGUUAGCUACUUGAUUUCAAGAGUCUUAAAUAUAUUUCUCAACCUAUCUGUUGAACAAAUCUUUGCGCCAUUCAUCUGGUACCGUCUAAACUAUCACUAAAAGCGUCUUCAGUUUAAGGUUAUGUAUGGCAAACUGUUGUCGAUAUUCAUCCUCGACUGGUAUUAAUGUCGCAGGCUCAAAUGAAUAGUUGAAUUCGAACUUACAGAGCUGGCUGGGAUGUAAGAAAACUGGUACAGCUAUUCAAGAGGAAAAUUCAUUGAAGAUUAUUUUCUCAAUUUUGUUUUACAUUUGCAUGUAUUUGAGAAUGAUCAACCUGUAUAUUUCAUUUUGAGUUGGGAUUUUUCAAGGCUGUAUUAGCUUUCAGUAUAAAUGAGUAUUAGUGAUUUUUCUCCAA